CUCCCCUCUUCAUCAACGGCAAGCAGGUGGAGAGGGUUCACAGCAUCAAAUACCUCGGCGUCCACAUCUCUGACCGCGUCCACAUCUCUGACCGCAUCACCUGGUCAGAGAACAUCACCACCAUCAUCAAGAAGGCCCGGCAAAGGUUACACUUCCUGAGAAUCCUCAGAAGGUAUAACCUCAACUCCGAUCUGCUGCUGGCCUUCUACCGCUCCUCCAUCGAGAGCUUGCUGACCUACUGCAUCAUAGUAUGGUUCGGCAGCUCCACCGCUGCCGAUAGGGAGAGGCUGCAGAGGUUUCUCAUCAGUUCUACAGAGGCCUUGGAAUCCGAACUGAACGCCUUGCAGUGCCACUUUACCUGGAAUCUAGAACCUUCCAAGUCCAAACUGAACUAUCUCAGGGAUGCACUGGAGGACAUCGCCACAGAUGAGGGAAACGUCUGGCUGGGUCACAUCUACAAUCUGCAGGGGUUCAUCCAGUACAAGCUGGGCUCCUCUGAAGAGGCCCUGAAGUUCUUCAGACGAGCCACUGAGACCUUCCAGCGUCUUAAAAACUCUGAUGAAGGUCCCUGGUUGAUGGUGAACUUUGGGAAUCUGGCUUGGCUGCACCAUCAUAUGGGUGAAGAUGAGAAGAGUCAUGAUUACCUGUCAAAAGUUGAAGCUCUAAUGAGAGAAUACCCAGCUCCACCUGAAGAAGAGCUCCACCAGGAGGUCUGUGCUGAGAAGGCCUGGACCCUGAUGAAGUUUGACAAAGAGAAGAAGCUGCAGGCUGAAGAGCUCUUCCAGAGAGCCGUGAGGAUGCAGCCAGACAAUCUGGAAUGGCAGACCAAAUGGGUCAUAUUAUUAGCAGAUUGCUUCAAAGUUAACAUGAAGCGCAUGACUCCCGAUGUAUUUGAAAAAGUGAAAUCUGCCUCAGAAAGAGAUCCAGAAAACUUGUAUGUUGCUGCUCUUUAUCUGAGGGCACGAGCUGCAAAAGGAGAACAAAUUCAGGAUGAAGCUAAAAGAUUGGCUGAAAGGAUCCUAGAAAGUUCUACAAAAAGUUACAAUGGCUUCAGCCACUUACGGCGACUGUACAUUGAGUAUAUGUCUAAGGAUGAAGCUAUUAAGUUAGCCGAUGAGACCCUGAGGAGAUAUCCUGACUGCCGUUGUGCAAAGGAAUUUGCUGCGAUCUGCUACAAGAAUAAAGUUCUUUCCCAAGACUUCCCACCCAGUAGUCAAAGCGGCAUCGUCACACGAGCUAUUAGUCUCUGGGAGGAGAGGAUUGUUCUCUAUGCUGAAUCUAAUCUUAAAGAUCAAAUAACUCUAGCUGAUUUAUAUGCAAAGGUAGAUAAAGAGAAAGCUGAACAGAUUUAUAGUGAGAUGCUGAAUAGAAAACACCUGGAUUCAGCAGAGAAACAGAUGCUUUAUAAUUGUUAUGCAAGAUAUUCAUUCUUCAAUAGAAAUGAUAGUUUCAGGGCUAUUGAGUACCACAUGAAGGCAGUAGAGAUUCAAAAAGAAUCCAGGUAUCGACAGAAAAGCAUCAUAAAGCUAAAAAAGACUUCUGCUCAGAGUCUGGAGAACAAACUGGAGGCCCUGCAGUGCCAUUUCACCUGGAACCUUGAUCCUGGAAGUCGCAGACUUACUGUUAUACGGAGUAUUGUGGAGGACAUCGGCACAGAGGAGGGAAACGUCUGGCUGGGUCACAACUACAACCUGCGGGGAUUCCUCCAGUAUAAGCUGGGCUCCUCUGAAGAGGCCCUGAACUUCUUCAGCCGAGCCACUGAGACCUUCAAACGUCUUAAAAACUCUGAUGAAGGUCCCUGGUUGAUGGUGAACUUUGGGAAUCUGGCUUGGCUGCACCAUCUUAUGGGUGAAGAUGAGAAAACUCAGGAUUAUCUGUCAAAGGUUGAAGCUCUAAUGAGAAAAUACCCAGGUCCACCUGAGGAAGAGCCCCACCCAGAGGUCUGUGCUGAGAAGGCCUGGACCCUGAUAAAGUUUGACAAAGAGAAGAAGCUGCAGGCUGCAGAGCUCUUCCAGAGAGCUGUGAGGAUGCAACCAGACAACGUGGAAUGGGAGACCAGCUGGGCCAUAUUAUCAGCAGAUCCCUUCAAAGCUUACAUAAAGGACAUGACUCCUGAUCUCUUUGAAAAAGUUAAAUCUGCCACAGAAAGAGAUCCAGACAACUUGUAUGUUGCUGCUCUUUAUCUGGAGGCACGUGCUGCAAAAGGAGAGCAAAUUCAAGAUGAAGCAAAAGAUUUAGCUGAAAAGAUUCUAGAAAAGCCAAUGCACGACUACUGUGGAAUAGGCCGAGUAAUGAAGCUGUAUAGAAAGUACAUAUCUGUAGACGAAGCCAUUAAAAUAGCUGAUGAGGCCUUGAAGAGACAUCCUGAUUCACGCUUUGUAAAGAGGUCUGCUGCAAAAUGCUACACAAAGAAGGUAUUUUCUCAGCGAGGUAACCCUGAUCCUAGAGCAACCGACAAAGCAAUCCGAUUGUGGAGAGAAGUGAUUGAGGUUUACCCUGAAUGUUCCCCGAAAGAAAAAAUAUCUCUAGCUGACGUCCAUACAAAGGUAGACAUAGAGAAAGCUGACCAGAUUUACAGAGAGCUUCUGGACAGAGAAGAUCUGGAUCCAGCAGAAAAACAGAUGCUUUACUGUCGUUAUGCAAAACAUUUACAGUUUAUUAAAAAGGACUACUGUAGUUCUACUACGUACCACAUGAUGGCAGCAGAGAUUCAAAAGGAAUCCAAAUAUAAAGAGAAAAGUGUCAAACAGCUGAAGAAGACCUUAAAAAUUAACAAAGACCCUGAAAUUCAGAGAAGGAUCAGGGAGCUUCUGACCAGCCUGAAAAGUAGCCCAAAAAAAACGAGUCAGUGA